CUGGACCGAGCGGGGUGAACUCACGUCGCCUUUAGGAAUGGCUGCAGAAGCCCACACCUGGAAAUCCCUCCCUCCCUGCCCCUGCACGGCAGGUUGCGUCUGGGAGGCUCUCCAGUCAUUAGAGGAAUGAGCUGAGGGUGAGCAAUUCACCAGCUCGCCAGCACUUGGAGAACAGCAGGUGAGGAUGGAUGUGGUCGACAGCCUUCUCGUGAAUGGAAGCUACAUCACCCCUCCCUGUGAGCUGGGAAUCGAAAAUGAGACGCUUUUCUGCUUGGAUCAGCCCCAUCCUUCCAAAGAGUGGCAGCCAGCCGUGCAGAUUCUCCUGUACUCCGUGAUUUUCCUGCUCAGUGUGCUGGGGAAUACGCUGGUCAUCACCGUGCUGAUUCGGAAUAAGAGGAUGAGAACUGUCACCAACAUCUUCCUGCUCUCGCUGGCGGUCAGCGACCUCAUGCUCUGCCUCUUCUGCAUGCCGUUCAACCUCAUCCCCAACCUGCUCAAGGAUUUCAUCUUCGGGAGUGCUGUUUGCAAGACCACCACCUACUUCAUGGGCACGUCUGUGAGUGUAUCCACCUUUAAUCUGGUAGCCAUAUCUCUGGAAAGAUACGGUGCAAUUUGCAAACCCUUACAGUCCCGGGUCUGGCAGACCAAAUCCCAUGCUUUGAAGGUGAUUGCCAUGACCUGGUGCCUCUCCUUCACUAUUAUGACUCCGUACCCAAUUUAUAGCAGCCUGGUGCCUUUUACCAAAAAUAACAACCAGACGGCGAAUAUGUGCCGCUUUCUACUGCCAAAUGAUGUCAUGCAGCAGUCCUGGCACACGUUCCUGUUACUCAUCCUCUUUCUUAUUCCCGGAAUCGUGAUGAUGGUGGCGUACGGAUUGAUCUCUUUGGAACUUUACCAAGGAAUAAAGUUUGAUGCUAUCCAGAAGAAGUCUGCUAGGGACAGGAAACCGAGCACCGGCAGCAGCAGCAGGUAUGAGGACAGCGAUGGGUGUUACCUGCAGAAGGCCAAGCCCCGCAGGAAGCUGGAGCUUCAGCAGCUGUCCACCCCCAGCAGUGGUGGGGUCAACCGCAUCAGGAGUAGCAGCUCCGCGGCCAACCUCAUGGCCAAGAAGCGGGUGAUCCGCAUGCUCAUGGUCAUCGUGGUCCUCUUCUUCCUGUGCUGGAUGCCCAUCUUCAGCGCCAACGCCUGGCGGGCCUAUGACACGGCGUCGGCCGAGCGCCGCCUCUCGGGGACCCCCAUUUCCUUCAUCCUCCUGCUGUCCUACACCUCCUCCUGUGUCAACCCCAUCAUCUACUGCUUCAUGAACAAACGGUUCCGCCUUGGCUUCAUGGCCACCUUCCCCUGCUGCCCCAACCCCGGUCCCCCAGGAGCGAGAGGAGAGGUGGGAGAGGAGGAGGAAGGCAGGACCACGGGGGCCUCUCUGUCCAGGUAUUCCUACAGCCACAUGAGCGCCUCGGCGCCGCCCCCCUGAGCUGUGCGGGCCUCCAGGGCUGCAGGAAGGAGGGGCGGAGGGCGGAGACCGGAAGGAAGAUUCCAUUGCCCAUGGGAGCUGUUCAUUGUCCGCUUUUCAUCCUUCAUCCGGGUUCCAGGGGAAACUCCAGCAGAGUGGGGCUGUGACUUGGUUUCUGGGCAAGUCCAGGCAGGAAGGGUUCAGUAACAUUCACCAUCAGAAACACCUCAACAGGCCAGUCACAGGAGUCCAACGGGGCUCGUUCUACAAAUGCGAUGCCAAACACGUGGUCCAAACGGAGAUGUGAACCCUACUUAAGCUUUAUUAGUUUCUAGAACAUCCAGGGUGGGCUCUUAUUCCCCCC